AGACAAUUGGUUCUAUAUUUUUAUAUAAUUUAUUAAUGUUAAAUAAUUCACAUAUGCUAACAACUUCAUUACUUUUGGAAUUUAUCCCAAUCAUUACUUAGUUUUUUUAUUUAUCUUUUGCCUUAUGGUUCCCACUUUUUGUUUGAAAACAACUAUUAUGAUUUGUAGAGCAUAUUCUUAUAUCAUCUAGAGUUUAUUAAAAUAAUUAAAUUUAUAAGCACUUUUGGGCAUGUUUGGUGCAUGAGUGUUUAUAUCUAUGUUUAUAUGGAUAUGUUGUAGGAGAUAACUAAAAGAUAAUUUCAACAAUAGAACCUAGCUACAAAAUUAUAGUGCAAUGGAAAUAGAAGAUUCAGAUAUUUGUAUCAUCAAGGAGCCAGAUUGUGUCACAGUCUAUUCCGAUGGAAUUUUGCACGAUUCAGGUCAUGAAAAUGGAACUGUUAAUCACAACAUUACGGAGUCUUAUGAGCAUAUCAACGAGACAGCUGAACAUCAUAGUUCAGAGGAGAGCACAAAGGAAUAUGAAGUGAAAGAAUGCACGACAGAAGUUUCUGUUAAGGCCUCUGAUGUAUCCAACGUUAGAAAAAGCGAUGACAAGUUAACCUCAGAAUUUGAGGGAAAACUCAAUGCGAAAAGUUUGAAACCUCACAAAACAAGGGGUAAUCAUAAGCCACGAGAUACUGUGAAACGUACUGGGAGUGUUCAAAUUAAGCCUACAGUUCCACAACCAUUUACCCUAGCGACUGAGAAGCGUGCUACGAUUGUAACACGUCCUACUUUUGAAGAAGAUAACAAAGGCGGUAAUGGAAGAAAACCUGUAAAUAAAAAAAAUGUGCUAUCUUCCAAUAUGCUUAAACAGAAUCAGUUGAAGUCUCCUUUAGUCGCAAGAAAAUCGUUGAAACCUGAUAACAAGAAGCAUUCUGAUGAGGUCGAUUCUUGUUCAGUUGCUUCUAUAAAUGCAACUUCUGUGAAAUCAUUCAAGUCCAGGGCAACUGUUGCUUCUGCUCCAAGCUUUCGGUCGACCGAACGUGCUCAAAGAAGGAAGGAGUUUUAUUCGAAAUUAGAGGAAAAGCAACAAGCAAUGGAAGCUGAGAAGAGUCAAAAUGAAGCAAGGAGCAAGGAGGAGAAAGAGGAAGCCAUCAAACAGUUGAGGAGGAGUUUAAAGUUUAAAGCAAGCCCUAUGCCAAGCUUUUACCAUGAUGGACCUCCACCUAAGGUUGAAUUGAAGAAGCUGCCACCAACACGUGCAAAAUCUCCAAAGCUGGGCCGGCAAAAGAGCAACAGUAAUUUAUCUGAAGGGGCCAAGGAGAAAGGCGCCGUUGCUGAAAAAAAGCAUUGCACGCCGAACACCAACAACUGUAACUUGAGCGAUGUGAGCAAUGACAAUGGUGUGGCUGUUCUCGAAAACAAGAUCGAGCAUACCAAAAUAAUCGAAGAAAUUAAUAUGAUCAAAUUGACUGGUCAAGCAGAUGUUGAGAUCAGCAGUCAGUCAAGUUUCCAAUGAGAUUAGUUUUUUUCAGCUCUAAUUUACGAGUCUCUGAAGCGUUUAUUUCUUUUAACUUCUAAGAACUUGCUUCUGUGUGCAGUGAUUGAUAUGUGAAAAUGUUUAUUUGUAAUUUAUUUCAACUUAUUUGUAAAAAAGGAAAUCCUAUUGCUCAUAGGAGCUAUUUAAGCAUUUGUCUGUGUUCCUGCACUUCAGGGUCACACUGAUUUAAGUUAUUGGAAAA